CCGCGGUGUAUCGGGAAAGGCGAAGCCUCCGAGCGGAGGCGGGACCUGAGCCCCAGGCCGACCCCCUCCGCGCAGGCUCCGCGCUCGGCUUCCGGGACGGGACUUCCGGCGAUGGGCCAUGUCGGGGCCUGGCGGUCCUGCGGCUCUCUCCAGUGCCGGGGACCUGGCCUUCUCGCUCGGGCGGAGCCGCGUGUCCCAGCCCCACCGGCCCUGCGCUGAAGCCGCGCUGCUGCGCGGGAGGCGGCGCCCUUGUAGGGUGGCGAGACGACUGGCUGUCGGGCGGGGAGCGCGCAGGUGCAGGAUCAGGAGGCGCAGGUCCCCCAGCGCACCCGGCAGCUCCUCGCCGGCCACCCGACGCAGCGAGGGGCGGCGCCGGACCCAUCCCUGCCCCCGGAGCCCGACUUCACUCCUGCUGUCCGGGGUCUCGCUGAAGCCUCGGACUCCCACUGGGAAGCAGAAGCAGCAGAGGUGUGCGAGGUGGGGAAAGAGCAGCGGCCUGUGACCCUGACCUGUUCGGAAGGGCCCAGCCUUGGGCUGAAUGGCAGCACCCCCACUGGGCCGUCUGGUGUUGACCCACCUGCUGGUGGCCCUCUUCGGCAUGGGCUCCUGGGCUGCCAUCAACGGGAUCUGGGUGGAGCUGCCUUUGGUGGUAAAAGACCUUCCCGAGGGCUGGAGUCUCCCGUCCUACCUCUCUGUGCUUGUGGCAGUGGGGAACCUGGGUCUGUUGGUGGUGACCCUAUGGAGGCGGCUGGCUCCGGGCAAGAGCGAGCGGGGCCCCAUCCAGGUGGUGCAGGCACUGAGUGUGGUGGGCACAGCCCUGCUGGCCCCACUGUGGCACCAUGUGGCCCCAGUCGCAGGGCAGCUCCACUCCGUGGCCUUCCUAGCGCUGGCCUUGGUGCUGGCCCUGGCCUGCUGUGCCUCCAACGUCACUUUCCUGCCCUUCUUGAGCCACCUACCACCUCCCUUCUUGCGCUCCUUCUUCCUGGGUCAGGGCCUCAGUGCCCUGCUGCCCUGUGUGCUGGCCCUCGUGCAGGGCGUAGGCCACCUUGAAUGUUUGCCAUCUCCCACCAAUGGCACCCUUUGGCUCCCCCACAACUUCCCAGAGCGUUUUCCUGCCAGCACCUUUUUCUGGGUGCUGACCGCCCUUCUGGUCACUUCGGCUGCCGCCUUCCAGGGUCUCCUGCUGUUACUGCCAUCACCACCAUCUGCAUCCACAGCGGGUCCAGGGUGUGGCCUGCGGGCGAGAGCCCCGGGAGUGGAAGAGGCGGAAGAAGAGGCCUCACCAUUGCAGGAGUCACCGAGCCAAGCCGCAGGCGCCACUCCCAGCCCAGACCCUGAGGCCCAUCGGCUGCUCUCUGUCCACGGUGCCUGCCUGCUGGGCCUGCUGGCCAUCACCAACGCACUGACCAAUGGUGUGUUGCCUGCUGUGCAGAGCUUCUCCUGCUUGCCCUAUGGCCGCCUGGCCUACCACCUGGCAGUGGUGUUGGGCAGCGCUGCCAACCCCCUCGCCUGCUUUCUGGCCAUGGGCGUGCUGUGCAGGUCUCUGGCAGGGCUAGGUGGUCUCUCUGGGCUGGGCAUGCUCUUUGCGGCCUACCUGAUGGCACUGGCAAUCCUGAGCCCUUGCCCGCCGCUGGUGGGCACCUCUGCAGGGGUGGUCCUUGUGGUGCUGUCGUGGGUGCUGUGUUUGGGUGUGUUCUCCUAUGUGAAGGUGGCCGCCAGUUCCCUGCUGCAUGGUGGCGGCCGGCCAGCAUUGCUGGCAGCUGGUGUGGCCAUCCAGGUGGGCUCCCUGCUCGGUGCUGUCGCCAUGUUCCCUCCCACUAGCAUCUAUCACGUGUUCCGCAGUGGGAAGGACUGUGUGGACCAGUGUGGCCCCUAAGCCUGGGCAGAUGGGGAAUGUGAUGUCAGGCUGAGAUGCCACAGCGCCCAAGUGCCCACAACCCAAGGAGGCCCUCCUCGCAUGCUCAUGGACACCUGUGCACUCCACAGCAGAUGCUUGUGAGGGUGGGGACCACAGAACAGUCCCAGAACCAGGGCCCAGCUAGGGCUGUGAACUUGGCCCCAGAUCUGGAACCUGUGUGGGAUUUGCACAAUAAAUCACUGUUAUUCCAUGGG